AUGACUGUUAGUUGGGAAGUGCUCAAGCAUAUCCCACUCUGGUUAUACCACUUUCGUAACUAUGGUCUUUGGGAUCAAUUAUUAGCAGUCGAAUGGAUUUAUGAAAAUGCACAUUUAUUUGGUGGAGACCCUAAUCGAAUAACUCUAGCUGGUCAUUCAGCAGGCGCUGGAAAUGUUAUGUUAAUCCCGGCAAGUCGAUAUUCUCGUGGUAUGAUACGGCGUGUUAUAUCACAAUCGGGUACUGGCUUAGCUCCGUGGAGUAUAAAUCGUACUCCGAUGAAAUUACUUGAUCGUUUCGCGCAAGAUCUUUGUUGUAAUCGUUCAAAUGGAAAAGACUCGAUUGAUUGCAUUAAUACAUUAUUAGAACACAAUGUUCAAGAUAUUUAUCAGCUUCAAAUCAGUCUUACCAUCGCUGAUGACAAUCCAUAUCCUGUUAUUGAUAAUGAUUUUAUAAAUGAUACGAUUGAGAACAUUCUGCAAAGUGAUAUGUUUAAAAAUAUUGAUUUUUUAACAGGGGUUACAUUAAACGAAGGCCUCUAUUUUGCUGAAUACCAUGUAAAACAUUUCUAUAAUGAACUACAACAUCAAACACAUCCAAUGAAUAAAUCUUCAUUCAAGAAAAAAUGUCCAAGUAUUCCUUCGACUUCAACUAAUACAAUAUCACCGGAUACUCAAUUGGAAGAACGACAAACGACAAAAAUGAAAUAUGUAACUGAGGAAACGAUGGAUAGUGAACGACAACAAACUGAAAAUGAAUUAGCAGCAAAUAAUGAUUUAUAUACGUAUCUGGAAUAUUUUACUACGUUAAAUUAUAUUGAGCAAUAUAUUGAUGCAAAUUUUCAAAAUGGAAAAUGUUUUAUUGAUGAAGUCAAAAAGAAAUAUGAAUUACCAGCUAAAGGAAAUUCAACACAUCGAUUAAAACUUUUCAUUGAUCUGGUUUCUGAUUUAAUGUUUAACUUUCAUAUGGUUCAUUGUUUAAAUUCACUUGCUAAAGUACCGAAUAGAAAUGCAUCAAGUUAUGCAUAUGUUUAUUCACAUCGGCCCACAUCGAGAGUACAAAGUGCAUAUCGUGAUCAAGUCAAACUAUUACCACAAGCUAUUGGACAUUUCGCUGAAUUAGAUUAUGUUUUUGGUGUUCCAUUAGCGAAUAAUUACUCUCGCAUACAUCAAAAUGUGAAUAAAAAGUAUUAUAAUUAUUCAGCUGACGAGGAAAAUUUUAGUCGACACUUAAUUCAUUAUUGGUCGAAUUUUAUCAAGACUGGAGAUCCAAAUAAAGGUUCAUUUUCUAUUGAUACAUUUGAUAUUCAAUGGAAACCAUAUACAACAGACGAACAUAAUUAUUUAUAUUUUCAUAUGAAUUUUGUUCAUCUCGAAUAUAAUUAUUUUGAUGAAAUGUAUAAUUUUUGGCUUGGCUGUUUUCAAAUUGAAUCUCGUGGUAAUUGCCAAAAAAUUAAAAUUAGACAAUAUUUCAUAUCAUUUAUAUUCUUAUCGAUUUUUCUCUUAACUCUUCUAAUUUUUUUUAUACUAUGGAAAUAUUGUCAAAAGAAAAAAGCUGGACGUUUAUUUUCUCAUCGAUCACCAGCAGCAGCUUUAGUCCCAUAUUCUAAUAGUGUAUCAACAUAG